GGGAGCGGGGGCGGGCCCCCCACGAGGUGUCCCGAGCUCCGUGCACACCCCAGCGUGCAGCGAGUGGGCACCGCGGCCGGGACUGCGCCGGGGGGUGGCAGGGAGAGGGACUGCUCAUGCUCAGUAACGGGGGCUCCGGUGGUUGGCGGCGCCCGGGGCAUGCGGCGCCUGCUCAGUUGCGGCACCGGGAAGUCGCGACCUGGGACCUGUGCGCAUGCUCAGUAGGGGGCGCCGGGUGGUCCGGGGCGCCGGGGGCAUCCUGCACAUGCUCAGUAGCGGCGCCGGGAAAUCGCGAUCGGGGAGCGGUGCGCAUGCUCAGUAGCGGCGCUGAGAAUCGCGACCUGGGAGCGGUGCGCAUGCGCAGCAGGAGGGCCGGAUGGUCCGACCCCGGGGCCCUCUGCGCUGGCCGAGCUUUAGGCGGUGGGAGCGCCGUGCGCGGGCUCAGCGUCGUGGUCCGCCCAGGCCGCCGUGCGCGCGCCCCGCGGACGGUCGAGGGCCGCCGCUGGGCCGUCUGGGUGGGCUCGGGGUGGGUCUGUGGGCCGCCAGGGCGCGCCGCGCGCAGUUAGUGGACCGCACGGGCGGGAGGCCGGGGACAGGCUGCCUGGGGCAGUGUGCGGGGCCCGAGUGGCGCGCCGGCGUCCUCCGCAGGGGCGGGUGUCCGAGCGUGGGGCCGCCCUCACCCCCUGGGCCGCAGGGUCCCGGCCGCCGAGCCCGCGGGCCGUCCGCUAGUGCGCGUGCGGGGCCGCGCUGCGGUUUGCCGGGGAGGCUCGGAGCGCGCUCGGGCCGACAGCCGGGGGCGGGGGGCUCGGCUGCCCCUCCCCCUCCGCCUCCGUCCCUGCCCCGCUCGUGCCCCGCUCGUGCCCCGCUCGUGCCCCGCGCGCUGUUUCAAGUAACUGAAACGUCCGCACCGGGCGCGCGGCCAGUCUCUCGCCGGCAGGACCGGCGCGUUCAGGAAGCGCCCGGAGCGCCCGUCGGUGUCCGCAGAGCGCACGGGCCGCAGGCGGGUCCCCGAGUCGGCGGCCGGCGCGGCUCCGUCUAGAGUGCGGUGCGCGCCCGCGGCGCAGGGCGUGAUGCGCGGCGGGGUCGCCCCACCGGGUCC